UUUGGAACAAUACAAUUGACCUCACAUUUAUGGGUAGUGAACUAUAUCCUUUCAAGGGUGUCUUGGACCAUUUAGCAAAUCGUUGCCUGGCCUCAAGUACAAAUGCUUUUACUGCCGUCGACUAUACGAGUUACACGAUGAGUACUAUUGGACCAGAAGGAUUUUUGAAUUUAUUACCUAUUUAUAUGGAUCAUGUGCUAUAUCCACUUCUUACUGAUGAAGCAUUUGUAACAGAAGUGCAUCAUGUUAAUGGCGAAGGAAAAGAUGCAGGUGUUGUUUACUGUGAGAUGGAAUCUUAUGAAAAUGAUGGUGAUAACCUCUGUUAUUUAGAGAUGAUUAGAGCAGCUUAUCCAGGUAAAUGUGGCUAUAAGUCGGAGACAGGUGGACGAUUAAAAAAUUUGAGAGAAAGUACCACUAACGAAAAGAUAAAAGAAUAUCAUAAUCAAUUUUACAGACCUGAAAAUCUUUGCAUAACAAUAAUUGGAAAGAUAAAUGCUUCUGAUGUGUUUAAAGCUCUUUCUCCUGUAGAAGAAAGGAUAAUUCAAAAAGGUUGUCUUCCUGAAUUUACUCGUCCGUGGCAAAAUCCUGUCCCCCCUCUUAGUGAGCCAAUUGUAAAAACUGUUCCUUACCCAUGUGAUGAUUGUGAGCAUGGAAUUGUCACUUUAGCAUGGAGAGGACCACUUGUAAAGGAAAUUGAAGAAUGUGUAGCUCUUGAAUUACUUCUGGAAUAUCUUCAUAAUACUUCAGUUUCUCCAUUACAAAGGGAAUUUGUAGAGAUUGAAGAACCAUAUUGUAGUGAUGUUAAUGCUUCUUUAAUUGAAAAUUCACAAACACUUAUUUCUAUGGAUUUUGAAUGUGUUUUGAAAGUUCAGUUAAAUAAUAUUAAACCAAGAUUAUUAGAAGUUCUUACCAAACUAGCGACUGGCGAGGAAGAGUUUGAUAUGAAAAGAAUUUUGACGAUAAUACAUAAUUCGAAAUUAAAUAUAUUAAACGACAUAGAGAAAGCCUGUCAUCGUAUGUUUAUUGAAAUUAUUAUUCUCGACUUUCUUUACGGCAAAUCUACAGAAGAGUUAGAACAGAGAAUGAGAAAUAUUCAUCUGUUUAAUGAAUUAGCAAAAAGAGACAUGAAAUAUUGGCAGAAUCUUUUAAGGAAGUAUUUCUUAGUUGAAAAUGUUGUAACAGUUAUUGGAGAACCUAGUCCUGAAUUAAAAGAAAAAUUGAUAAAAGAAGAAGAAUUGAGAAUUUCUAAGCAGCAAGAAAAUUUAGGAGAAGGAGGUUUGAAAGCUAAAGAAGAAUUAUUCCAAGCUGCAAAGAAAAGAAAUGAUAUAAAACCUCCAAAGGAAUUACUUCAGUCGGUACCUAUUCCUUCAGUUGAUAAAAUAAAAUUUCAUUCUAUUAGAAGAUUAACUAAUUGUAAGGAAGAUCCAACUUUUGAUCAAAUGUUACAGGAAAUGCCAUGUUCUUUUCAUCUUGAUGAUAUAAAUACAAAAUUUGUAAAAUUAGUGUCAUAUAAAGAAGUUGUUACUGAACUGGAUGCUGAUACUCUAGAGAAAGGAUGUUUCCUUGGAUUACACGAGUUGGAUGUUUUUAGUCCCGGAUCUUUUGCUCAAUUAGUCACCCUAUUUUUAAAGGUGGAAGAAGAAAAGUAUCAAAAAGGAAUUCAGUGGAUUCAUGAAUUGUUAUAUAAAACCAAAUUUACUGUAGAUCGUAUACAAGUUCUUGUGAAAAAAAUGUUAAAAAAAAUUGCCAAGUGUAAACGUCAAGGAGAUUCUAUAUUGCAUUGUCUUGAAAAUAAUGUCACAUUUAAGGAAAACAGUAAUCAGUCAUGCUGUAGUUUAUUAAAGCAAAACAUUUUUUUUAAAAAAAUCCAGAAACUUUUAGAAUCGAGUCCAAAUGAAGUUAUCAAUGAUUUAGAGGAACUAAGAAGAAAGUUGAUACAACCUGAAAACAUUCUAGUGCAUAUGACUGCUAAUUUAAAUACUCUUGGACAAAAUUCACUUUCUUAUUGGAAGAAUUUAAUGGAAAAGCCAUCACAAAAAUCAUUUUUAAGGCAUAAGAUAUUGAACAAUACCGAAUAUUUACUUCCUCUGCCGACUUCGGUUUCUCGGAGCUGUAUUACAGGUGUUGGAUCUGUGGAUUCGUCAUACAUGAUUCAAGCAACAAGAUGUAUAGUUUCUUCUAAACAUCCCGAUUAUCCAGCAUUAAUAAUUCUGUUAAGCUAUCUCAAUCAAUCAGAGGGUCCACUUUGGUGUAUAAUAAGAGGCAUGGGACUUUCUUAUCAUUUUCAUAUUAGUCUGCAGGAAAAUAGUGGAUUGCUAACCUUUGUUUUGUAUCAGUGCACUGCUAUGGUUGCUGCAUGUAAAGAAACGAAAAAAUAUAUUGAUGAUCUUUUAAGUGGAAAAGAACAGUGGGAUCAAUCAUUAUUGGAAUCUAGUCGCAGUUGUUUGGUAUACGAAAUUAUCGAGGAAAGUGAGGCCUCUAUACCACAUAUUUCAUUUCAGUCUUUAGUUUCUUACUAUAAAGAUGUAGAUUUAGAUUUUAUACGGAAAACCUUAUUGAAUCAGAUAUUUAAGGUAAAUAUAGAAGAUUUACAAUCUGUUGGAACCAAAUAUUUGCUACCUUUAUUUGAUCCAACCACAUCUUCCUGUGGAAUUUGUUGUCAUACUUCAAAAGUCGAAGAACUUGUCUCUGGAUUUAAAGAUUUGGGUCGUAACCUGAACAUAAUAAGCAAUUUAGACAAUUGUAUGUUUUCUCAAAUAGAAGAUGAAAGUUUGCUGAAGGAAUGUUGACAUUAUUAAAUUUAAAAUGAUUGUAUGUACAAAGUACAUGAUGAAAAUCACUGAAAUAAAAAUGAAUGGAGAUGGAAGAGGAGAACUUCAAUUGCUACUUGGGAAAUUUAGAUCAUUAUUUUAAUGCUUGUAACUAAUAUUGUUUAUAUAUAGCUUUGCAUUUUGUACCAGUUAAAGCUUUUGUAAUGGCUGUGAAAUGUUUUACUUCAAAAAUUGUUUUAAUAAUUUAUUAUUUUAAAAGUAUUCUACAGUGUUACUAAAUUAUAUGUAAUUUAUUUCAAAGCUCUUCAAAAUAUCAUGUUUCAGCAAAAAUUUAAAAAUAGAAGACUGAAAAAUUUGGGAAAUAAAAAAGAAAAUACGACUUGAAUGUU